AUGGACGCACGCCUUACGGUCCUGACGGCCUUUCCACCGGCCGCUGGGAUUGAUAACGAGGAAUACUACCAAAACAGCCAGCAACAUGCCAAGAGGGUGCGAGAACUCAUCCGUGACAAUGCGCAGUGGAUAAGGGAGUCCGCCGACGAUAUUCUAAAGCAUGUCAACCCCGCCGUCUAUUCCCUUUCAUAUCUUAUGAUCCUCGAAUUUCUACUACAGUCACCCGGGUGGACCUCUCAGCAGGCACAUGAGAGCUUGGCAUCAUAUAUGGCCCACUUCCUCCUCCAGUUCGAUGCUCGCCAAAUACGAUGCAAGGGAAGCACUUGGUCAGAUGUUCUCAAGGAGGCGUAUAACGAGCGCGGCUUGUUUCCUGCCUCUGUUGCCGUCGAGCUGGUCACUGCUGCCCUCCUAAGACUCGACCCUUCAGGCUCUAUCAUCACAUCUCACCACUGCAACCUGGUCGAACUGGCAUACAAUACCGGCAAUGUCGGUGCAAUACUACCUCUGAUCGAGAAACCUAUCAUCUAUAUGCCGGCCAAGGGCAUGUCGACAGCCCAGCCCCUUUGCGACAUGUCUCUCCCUCCACCAGCAUACAUCAACCCCGACAGCCAGCUCACCGACACUCUUACCAGCGCCGCCGUGCUUCAGUACGAUUUCCUAUGCGGCCUGUGCUUCAUAGAGCGCCGGAUGUGGCAGCAAGCCUUUGAUGCCUUUGAACGAUGUGUCACGUAUCCGACGCGGGACGGCGGUUGCAGCAAGAUCAUGACGGAGGCAUAUAACAAAUGGGUCCUUGUCGGCUUGCUCCUGACCGGAAAGCCACCAACACUACCGGAAACGACCUCGCAAGCGGCAAAGAAGAUUUUCGCAACCCAGGGAAAACCCUACAAGUUGUUCGCUCAGGCUUUCAAAUCAGAAACCGCCGGGGAUUUGGUCCGAGAAUUUGAAGUUAUCAAUUCUGAGCUCUUACCCAAUGAGGGGAACGUCGAGCUCGCAAAGCUGGUGCUGGCUCACUAUCAACGGUGGCAAAUCAUCAACCUGCGCAAUAUCUACACUAACAUCUCCCUUGAGAAAAUCCGGGAACGGACACAGAGUGCUGAAACAGGCGCGCCGCUACCGACCGUGGAAGCGGUAGAUCAGCUCGUGCAAAGCAUGAUCGCCGACGGGAGUCUGCAGGGCGCUAUCGAGCGCCCAAAGGACGGCAGCCCAGCCUAUCUGACGUUUUUGUCGUCGCCCGCGCAGGGCAUGUCCGAGGUGGAGUUUUCGGCCCAGGUGAACAAAGUGAUGCAGGGCAUCAAGGCUCUGGAGCCCAUCAUCGAGGCAACCAACAAGCGCCUAGCCAGCAACCGCGAGUACAUUAGUCACACGGUUAAACGACAGUUUGACGCGGCUCGCGAACACAAGCUUGGUCUUCAGAGCACAGGUGGUGGCUUCGAAGAGUCGUCGUUCCACAUUGAGGAGGAGGAAGAUCUGAUGAGUGGUCUACCAGCUCACUAGUGGGAUGACGGGAACUAUUCAUAAGUGGAACAGGCUUAUCACCCUCUCCUGUAUAUUUCCAGAGGAUGAACGCGACGAGGCUGUUGGCUGGUUUGGUUGUUAACGUAGGGAUUGGGCGCGGCCAAGAGAUAGACGGUUGCUACUCCUCCCUUUAUGGACUUUGCGCCAGACGUUUAGAGGUGAAGAAGAAGUAGAGCAUUUUUUGCGUACACUACAUACGGGGAAAAGAUGUUACUUCGCAACAUUACUUGCUCCAGCCGUGAAACAAGUUGUUGAAGACGAUGAGGGGAGAGAUGACGUCG